GUGGUCCGGCAGAUCGACAAGCAGUUCCUGGUGUGCAGCAUCUGCCUGGAUCGCUACCACAACCCCAAAGUGCUGCCGUGUCUGCACACUUUCUGCGAGAGAUGUCUCCAGAACUACAUCCCUCCACAGUCCUUGACGCUGUCAUGUCCGGUGUGCCGGCAAACGUCCAUCUUGCCCGAGAAGGGUGUGGCGGCGCUGCAGAACAACUUCUUCAUCACCAACCUGAUGGAGGUCCUGCAGCGAGAAGCCGAGUGCAGCCGACCCGAGGCCCGGAACGUCCUGGAAUCGGCCAGCGCCGCUUCCUCUUGUCAGCCUCUCUCGUGUCCCAAUCACGAGGGGAAGGUGAGCCCGUGCUGCGCUCCCGUCUUUUGGGGUUUUAUAGUAUGGCGUCAUCUUGUGGUUUACAGUGGAUCACAGGUGAUGGAGUUCUACUGCGAGUCGUGUGAGACGGCCAUGUGUUUGGAGUGCACGGAAGGCGAGCACAGGGAACACGUGACGGUACCGCUGAGGGACGUGCUGGAGCAGCACAAGUCAGCGCUCAAGAACCAGCUGGACACGGUUCGCAAUAGACUGCCUCAGCUGACGGCCGCCAUCGAGCUGGUGACGGAGAUCUCCAAGCAGCUGACGGAGCGCAAGGAGGGCGCCGUGACGGAGAUCAACGCCACGUUCGACGAGCUGGAGAAAGCCCUGCGCCAACGCAAGGACGCCCUGGUGGCCGAGGUGGAGAACAUCUGCGGCGCCAAGCAGAAGGUCCUGCAGGCCCAGCUGACGUCGCUGCUGCAAGGCAAAGAGAACAUCCAGAGCAGCUGCGACUUCACCGAGCAGGCGCUGAGCCACGGCAGCGCCGCCGAGGUCCUCCUGGUCCAGAAGCAGAUGGGCGAGCGGGUGGGCGCCCUGGCGCGCCACAGCUUCCCCGAGCAGCCGCAGGAGAACGGGCACCUGGAGUGCCAGGUGGAGACGGACGGCCUGCGCCGCUCCAUCCAGAACCUGGGCGUCCUCAUCACCACGGGGGCGGUGGGUCACACCAGCGUGGCCACCGGCGAGGGCCUGCGGCACGCGCUGGUGGGCCAGCUCACCGCCGUCACCGUCACCACCAAGGACAAAGACGGCGAGCUGGUCAAAACGGGCAACGCCGCCCUGCGCGCCCGCAUCGCCUCGGCCGAGGGGACGGAGGCCGCCCGCGUCGAGGUUUCCGACAACAAGAACGGCACCUACGAGGUGGCCUACACGGCCCGCGCCGAGGGCGAGUUCGUCUUUUCGCUGCUGCUCUACGAGCAGCACGUGCGCGGCAGCCCCUUCCGCCUGCGCGCCGUCAAGCCCUGCGACGUGCUGCAGUCGCCCGACGACGUCAAGAGGCGGGUCAAGUCGCCCGGCGGCGGAGGCGGGGGCGGACACGUCCGCCAGAAGGCCGUCAGGAGGCCCUCCAGCAUGUACAGCACCACCAAGAAGAAGGAAAACCCCAUCGAGGACGAGCUCAUCUACAGAGUCGGGACAAGAGGCCGUGACAAAGGCGAAUUCACCAACCUCCAAGGCAUCUCCGCCUCCAACAACGGUCGCAUCGUGGUGGCCGACAGCAACAACCAGUGCAUACAGGUGUUUUCCAACGACGGGCAGUUCAAGAUGAGGUUCGGCGUGCGGGGUCGCUCCCCCGGCCAGCUGCAGCGCCCCACGGGGGUGACGGUGGACAUGAACGGCGACAUCAUUGUGGCCGACUACGACAACCGCUGGAUUAGCAUUUUCUCCUCGGACGGCAAGUUCAAGAGCAAAAUCGGAGCGGGUCGUCUAAUGGGUCCCAAAGGCGUGGCCGUGGACAAGAACGGACACAUCAUCACUGUGGACAACAAGGCCUGCUGCGUUUUCAUCUUUCAGGCUAACGGGAAGCUGGUCACCAAGUUCGGAGCGAAAGGGACUUCCGAUCGACAUUUUGCAGGUCCUCAUUUCGUGGCCGUCAAUAACAAGAACGAAAUCAUAGUGACUGACUUCCACAACCAUUCGGUCAAGGUGUACAACGCGGACGGUGAAUUUCUGUUUAAGUUCGGCUCGCACGGGGAAGGCAACGGUCAGUUCAACGCACCCACCGGAGUAGCCGUCGACUCUAAUGGGAACAUCAUCGUGGCUGACUGGGGCAACAGUCGCAUACAGGUGUUCGACAGCUCGGGCUCCUUCCUAUCUUACAUCAACACCACGGCGGACCCCCUGUACGGCCCCCAAGGGCUGGCCCUCACUUCAGACGGCCACGUGGCGGUGGCCGACUCGGGUAACCACUGCUUCAAGGUGUACCGCUACCUGCAGUAG